UCGGUGUUCAUUAAAGCUCGUUGUGUGCCAAACAAACCCAACAAGGUUUAAGAUCUGCAAUUAUCUCACCUCACCAUUUGUUCCAAUAAAUGUGCGUCGACUUUGCCCUUCGGAACCUUAUUCAGCCUGUCUCACUCUCUUUCUUUCAUUUUUUCUUUCUUUCUUCUUUCCUUCCUUCCUUCCUCCCCGUAUUUGGGUCUUUCUCGUUCUCUCCUUGUGUCUCGCUUGUUCCCUACUAGUCUUACCUUGGGGAUUUUUAGUGGUCCCAACAGAGUCAGCCAAGCGUAUGGAAGGCCUGGUGGCAAUGAACCAAUGAAGGCAACAAGGCGCGCCUGGAACGCAGAAAUGGAUCCUGUUGCGCUUCUCGUACCAUCAGCCUUCCUUUUUUGGCUCCUGUCUUGGAUGAAGAUUGUGGUAGUGGCAUUUGUUACUUGUCUUGAGAAGGUGGAACACGUCGUUGACAACCAACAUGUCAGAAACAGACAACACAACCGUAGCCUCAACAGAGCAUGGCCCAGGCAAAUCGGAAGAAUGUGGAUCGACCUCUGUGAGUGACACCCUGCUCUCCGGAGAUAGUUCCCAAGGCAAAUCAUCCGAAAAGACCACGACGAAGACGAGUGCGACGACAGCGUCCUCUUCAUCUAAAACCAAGGAUGAGUAUCUCACCACGGUCAAGCUCACACUCGAGAAUCGUCGAGGGAGUGUGGAUAAUCUGAGACUUAAUCACAAGUGCUCAGACAUCUCACCAACAAACAAAGCGGUUUCCAAUCUUAUGGCUCCUCCUAAUCCCAAUGUACCCAAUCAAGCUCUUCGCUACAAUCGGAUCUUCAAGAAAUCCUCUCAAGAUGGCAAUCUGAUCUUAUUCUUACCUCAGAGAGAGUUGAUCAUCACAGAAAGCAAAGUGGAACCUCUGAUGGGCGUGGCUCUGAUCCACGAAAAUGUGAUCCAUAGUGCCAGCCAUAAUCGGGUUUUUCUUCAGGUGGUCCUAAUCUUCAGAUACGGACGUGAAGACGAGGAACUGAUGGGAUUGCGGUUCUGCAAUGAGAUCGUGAUUGCCGCGGAACAAAUCUACCCAAGUCCCGUGGAAGAGAUCUGUCGAAACAAGUCCAAGCCCAUGACUAACCACGAGGGCUACAUGGCUGUCCCUGUCGUCAUCGAUAUGGGCAUCUCGGCCCCGCCUUCCGUCAGAUUGCUCCCUUGUCGACCCUACAAUGGAGCGCCCAUCGGAACUACAUACGAGGUUCAGUUAUUCGCCGGGAAAUCUCCCGAGGAGUUACCGCGGAAGAGGAAGAUGGUUCAGAUGUCAUUGAGGCUUUAUGAAAGGCUUCCCCGGACACUCCCACCACGAUCUGUGGUGACGGUGGAGAAGAAUUACAUUUUCAGUGAGAACAACCUGUAUUGCCAAGCCAAACUCGACAAUGGAGUCUACUCGGAAUCCGACGAGAUUCUCUUAAAUCUGCUCAUCAAACGACCGGGAGGUCAUGGGGUCAAGAAGCUCAAAGUGGCGAUCAUUCAACAAGUGGGCGUGGCCAUGUUCUCCACAGGAAACUUCAAAAACGUGGUCGGAACGUUCCAAGAGGAGCUCAAUCCGACCGAUUCCUCGUACAAGGCAUCCAUUCCUCUAAAAGUGGAGCUGAACAAAGAGUAUUCUUGGGUGGCCAUGGACGAAACAGCCAAGCGCGAUUCCGACAUCAAACAUCUGGCUCCUUCAGUGAUCCACGCCACCAAGUCCAUGUUCAUUAUACGCGUUCAGUACUACGUGAGUGUCUCGUUAGUUUUUGGCCUCCUUCAGCGAGAUAUCUUGGUCAAAUUGCCUUUCUUGCUCAAACGAAUGGACGAGAAAAAGUUGCUGGGGAAGGCGCUGGCCAAAAGUGGAAUCAAAUAGAGACGACUAGUUUGGUUUGCUUGCAAGAUGUGUAAUUGGAUCAUGAAGACCGAGGAGAAAAGAACUCGUCCUCUCUGUUGGUCUUGCGGUUCCUCAAUCUCGAUGUUGGGUUUGUCCACAGGCAAUUUUGACCAGAUCACUAUAAGAAGGAAAAUCACCCUCGAUCAUCCAUAGUUGACUAAAGACUAUUGUCGUCGUUUUCGUCGUCCUCGUGGUUGCUAUCGUCACGAGUUGGCCGGACGAAGACCAGAGUCCAUUGACAGACUGCUCCAGUUUUGGUUCCAGAUGAAACCCAAUUGCCCUUUGUUGUUCCAUUUUAUUAGAAUUGCAGAGCUGAGUCGACCGCUUCAGCGCAUUAAAAGGCCGCCACCCAGGAUGAAAGACUUAGCUCUAUAGAUUUCCUUGAACGGAAGCAUUUUUAACUUCGCUUGAAACCUUUUUGUCACAAAGAGCAAAAUAACUGUGAACAAUCUUGGCGGAAAAGCUCGUUUACUAUUGACCUUUUUACGAUAGAAAUGUUCUUACAACCAGUAAAUGUUGGUGCUGCCCAUAUCUCCCGGAUGAAACGUAUUCCCCGAACGAAAGCAGUUCUUAUUCAUGAGGAUUUAUCUUUCUGUUCUGCACUUGCCCAAGAAUACCCCCGACCUUCGUAUCCUCCAUGGAUAUCUAAACUUUAAGAACCAUCUUCCUCAGUGUAUCCAUCCUAUUACUUCCUCGUCCCAUGUUCCAUCCCUCUUACAACCUACGUGAGAAUAAAUAUUAUUCAUCUUU